AUGGCUCAACAACCGGUACAGGCCUUUAACACCACAUUCGAAGGAACGACAAACAGUGGUCUUCAACAAGGCGCCUUCUUCGGUCAACAAACUAACCACUUUUAUGCGGCGGGAUUGACCUCACCACCACCACGACCGCCUCCUCCCCCAUCGGCCAUCAUCCCCUUCCGCCGCGAUCGCGAUUUCGUGGAGCGCGGCGUCCUUAACGACAUCUGGCAACGGGCCUUCGAACCGGCGGCACGUAUUGGACUAGUGGGACUGGGAGGCGUUGGGAAGUCACAGCUUGCCAUCGAGUGUGCCUACCGCACUCGCGAACAGGAUCCAGACAGAUGGGUCUUCUGGGCGCAUGCGAGUAGCGCGGCUCGAUUUGCGGAUAGCUACAAAGCGAUAGCUGAGCGGGUGCAGUUGGCGGGGUGGCACGAGCCGAAAGCCGACAUUCUGGGCAUGGUCCAUGGAUGGUUGUCGGAUGAAAACAACGGGCGAUGGACGAUGGUGAUGGACAAUGCGGACAGCUCUGAGGUAAUGUUCGAGCCGUGGGAUGGCGGGACGGGUGGACACGGACCACAAAGAGCGCCUACAUCAUUUGUUGCGCAUUCGCUCUCCGCCUAUCUCCCCACGUCAGCUAAUGGAUCGAUCAUAAUCACGUCACGCAGUCGACAAGUCGUGGAAGGACUGAUUGAAUACGAAGAUGACAUUCUCGAGGUGAGACCGAUGGACGGAGACACGGCAGUGACGCUUCUCAGGAAGAAGCUCAAGGGUCACGGCGCAGACACGGCGCAGAGCAGUUUGGAUGACCUCGUCCAGCAAUUGGAUUAUAUGCCAUUGGCUAUCACCCAAGCCGCUGCCUACAUUAAUCAACGUGCGCCACGCAUCACCCUAUCUACGUACCUCGAGACAUUGACGAGGAGUGACGAUGAGCGAGCUCAACUCCUCCAGCUGGACAUUCGCGAUCCCCGGCGAGACGGACGGGCAUCGAGCUCGAUCAUCACAACGUGGCACAUCUCGUUCGAAUAUAUCCGGCAGACACGGGACUCGGCGGCGCGACUGCUGUCGCUCAUGAGUCUCUUCGAUCGCGAAGCGAUUCCAGACCACCUUCUUCGUGGACAGUAUGUCGAAGAUAGAGGUGGGCAUAUUGACUUUGAAGAGGACAUUACGACGUUACGAGCGUACCAUUUGAUUAGCCCUGCCGUGAGUGAAAACUCGUUCGAUAUGCACCGGCUGGUACAAUUUUCGACGAAGAAAUGGCUCGAGCUGCAUGGCGAGCUAGGGAGGUGGCAGGAGAGAUUUGUUGAUAUUCUCGGCGAAGCUUUUCCGACCGGAGAUCACGCGAACUGGCCGACAUGUCAAGUAUUGUUUCCGCACGUGGAGGCGAUUACAGGAUAUCAGCUGGCCAGCGAGAAGCAUCGACUUACAUGGGCGACGAUUCUAUACCGGGGGUCGUGGUAUGCAUCGGAAGCUGGGCGAUAUGGAGCGGCCGAGAGGAUGGCGCGAAGUAGCUUAGGGACACGAGAGGCGGUUCUUGGAGCUGACGACCCUGAAACCUUAAGUAGUAUAGAUAGUCUCGCGGUAGAGCUUCGACAUCGAGGGAAGUACGAGGAGGCAGAGGAGAUGAAUCGACGAGCACUGGUGGGAUAUGAGAAGGAGCUAGGGGUGAAUCAUCCCGAUACGUUGACGAGCGUGGACAAUCUGGCGAUAGUGCUGCAGUAUCGAGGGAAGUACGAGGAGGCGGAAGAGAUGAAUCGACGAGCACUGGAGGGAUGGGAGAAGGAGCUAGGGGUGAAUCAUCCCUCGACAUUGACGAGCGCGAAUAAUCUGGCGUUGGUGCUGCAGUAUCGAGGGAAGUACAAGGAGGCAGAGGAGAUGAAUCGAAGAGCACUGGUGGGACGAGAGAAGGAGCUAGGGGCGAAUCAUCCCUCGACAUUGACGAGCGUGAGUAAUCUGGCGUUGGUGCUGCAGUAUCGAGGGAAGUACGAGGAGGCAGAGGAAAUGAAUCGACGAGCACUGGUGGGACGAGAGAAGGAGCUAGGGGUGAAUCAUCCCUCGACAUUGACGAGCGUGAGUAAUCUGGCGUCGGUGCUGGCAGAUCGAGGGAAGUACGAGGAGGCAGAGGAAAUGAAUCGACGAGUACUGUCGGGUUGCGAGAAGGAGCUAGGGGUGCAUCAUCCCAACACGUUGACGAGCGUGGCCAAUCUGGCGUCGGUGCUGGCAGAUCGAGGGAAGUACAAGGAGGCAGAGGAGAUGAAUCGAAGAGCACUAGCGGGACGGGACAAGGAGCUAGGGGUGGAUCAUCCCGACACGUUAACGAGCGUCUACUAUCUCGCCUAUCUACUUGAUGUCAAGGGUGAUUUCCAGCAGGCUUUGGAUCUCUAUCGGCGUGCCGUGUCAGGCUACGAUAGAGUCCUAGGAGCACAUCAUCCCACUACAGCGGCUUGUCGAGAACAUCUAUCGUCGCUGUUGAAGAGGAUGGAGCAAUGA